AUGUCAGGCAUCGAGGCUGCUGGCUUGGUCCUGGCGGUGCUCCCGCUGGUGAUUUCUGCCCUGGAAGGAUACAAGGAAGGCCGGAAUCCAAUCAAGACAUUCGCGUGGAAAUGGAGAUUUGAACUGGAAAGCCUGCUCCGGUGUCUGAAAGAGCAGCGGUGGUUCUUCCGCAACAGCGUCCAGAUCCUUCUCCAAGCAGCAGGGGCGAACCAGGAAGACGCGGCCGGGACCGAUGCGCUCACGCUCCUUGCGGAACGAGAGAGCCGUGAUCGGCUGGCGACUUACCUGCGCGACGCCGACACGCUCGAGUUCUUCGAUGGCGUGGUGGACGGCUAUCGCACGAGCCUCGAGGCGUUGCUGCAGCGCUUGGGGCACAUCAAGAAGGACCCGGCGGGAAGACACGACAUGGCCGCCAUCCUCGCCAUGAACCCAGCCCGCCGUGACAGCUUCGACUUCGGCCAACGGUUUGAAUUCACCAUGAAGCACAAGGAAAUGCGGCGGCAUAUCGGCAACCUGGACGCCUGCAACGACAAGCUCAAGAGGCUCAUCGACCGUGUGGACUCGGUCAACCAUACCAAAAGGAGGGACCUGACCAAGGAACAGGCCUCGAAGCAGCUGGCCAGCGCCUUGCAACAGAUCCGCCAUCACGCCAUCGGUCUGCACGGGGCAAUAUCUGAUGCCUGGGCAGCUGCCUGUGAACCCGUGCACACCUCGAUGCUCAUCCUGGAUUCGAGGGCAGCCUUUCCGAGCACCUCCAAGUCCGCUCCAGUUCUGGCGUUCCACUCUGUCCUGACCUGCGGGGACGGGACGACGAUUGUGCAGGAGAAAUGUCAAGAGACCAUCAUCACCGUGCGUCAAUCACCCGGCGUCGGCGACGCCUCUGUGACCGACAUGUGCCACCAGCUGGCUGAAGCGAUGGCCCCGGGACACGCCCUCACCCUGGAUAUGUGCCACGAUGGCCGGCUGUUCCGUUGCGGUGUGCUGCAUAGGGCGUACUUCGAUCCUGCGACUGUGGACGAGAGCCUAACACUCGAGCAGUUGCUGGUAGCCCGGCCACGGUUGACGCCACAACAGAAGACCCAACUCGCCAUUGACGUGGCCUCGUCGAUAGUGCAGCUUCAGACCACUCCUUGGUUUGGCCACACGUGGACAAACAAGAUGAUUCGGUUCUUCCGGCGAAGUGGGGGAAAUAGUCAAGCGAUAGACUAUGGGAAACCGUUCAUUGUCAAGACGUUCCCCGAUCAUGUCCCUGUCCAUGCAGACGAUGGCGUCAAAGCAGACCUGCUCGAGCUGGGCGUCAUCCUUUUGGAGAUCUGGGCCAUGGAGACCUUUGAGUCCUGGGCCGGAAGAAAUGGCCUGGCUCUCCAUCCAGGAUACUAUCCAAGAUUGACGCCAGCCAUUCAAUGGUUAGAGGGAGAGGCGGACAUGAUGACACCGUCGUAUUCGACGCAGUCUCUGUAUGUGUUAGAUUCUCCUUCGAGGGACUGCGACACUCCUGGGAGCAUCCCGCCUUUCGACGGGCAGUCUGUGAAAAGGUUUUAG